AUGUUCUCUUGCAGUCGUGUGGGGCGGACGGUUAGACUCGUAUCCCUCACGUUGGUGGAGUCCCCGGCAACGGGUACGGCAUCGCUCAAUCUGCACCUCUCCCGCUCUAACCCAGCCCUUGCCUACGGCUUCAAACUCAAAGCCGACAGGACGCGGAUCGACGAGGAGGCCACCCCGGCUUCCACCACGGCCGCUCCACGGCGUUACCGUUUAGUUGAAAUCCCGUCGUUCGUGCACGCCGCGUCGCGUACGGUCGCGGCGCUUUUCCCCAAUUCCCGCGUUUCCGAAGAGGGGGCCGUCUACCUCAGUGCGGUGAACGGCUACACCGUGGCUGAUGCCAAGGGCAUGAUGCGCGCGCUCGUGGAGGGGAAGGACCACGCGGUGCAGCUCACCGUUGAGGGGAUGCCAGUCCUGCCCCAAGCGCGGGGCAAGAAAGCAGCGAAGGGGCCCACCGAUGAUGCGGAAACGGUGGUUUCAGAAACGGAGUCCGGGCGGAAAGCGGAGGGAAAGCCCGUUAAAAAGGGCCGGAGGAAAAUCACGAAGGCAAAAACUAAGUUGAAGGAGCGAAAGCCACGCCAAAAAGCGCCAUCGGAAGUCGCCAAAGAUACGACGAAGGCGAACCCAACGACCUCUGAUGCGAUCGGUGACAGCAACACCAACAUGACGUCCGAGUUGUUGGGUAAACGCAGUUCUGACGCUACUGCAAGUGCGGCUUCGGAUGGUGGACGUUCCACCCCCCAAACGCCCAAAGGCCGGAGAGGCAGGCCCUCAAAACGCGAGAGUGCGGAGAAGAAAGGGGAGACCGAGGAGAACUCGCCCGCGGAGGUGCCCCCCACGACCGCGGUCGAUUCCCAUGAGGCCUCGCUCGAAGCGGAGGCCAUCGACGGCACGGCCGACGGUGGGGCCGGCAACCCCCUCCUAGACAGCACCGCAGCCAUCAUUCAGCUUACCCAGAGGCUCUCCACGCUCGCUCCGCCUCCCGAGACCGCGGGAGAGGGGCCUACGAAGGGAAAGGCGCGUGGUAAAGCGAAAGCAACAGACCUGCCGACGGAGGAGGGCACGGCCUGGUUUGGCAAUCUGGCCUCCAAGGGUGGCGAGGGAAAGGCGCGUGAAAAGCCACCCAAGAGACCUGCAGAUGGCUCGAAGCCAGCAAAGGCCCGCCAGGCAUCCUCUGGGGCGUGGAAUGACGGUGAGGGGGAGGGGAAUGCUACUGCGAAUAGAUCGCACGUCAGGAGGCGUGGUACCAAGGGCGAUGCUCCCACCUCCGACGAGGAGGGACCUGAUAGUAGUGAAUCGUUUACGAUGGAAUUAUAG